UAACAGACACUCCAGAAGGGCUAAAUUAGAAGAAAUUUGGUGAAACCACACUGUUGUCAGAAGUUCACAAUGACAUUACAAACAAGCUGGAUAUCAGUCCUAAUGGCAUUUCUUCUUCUAUUACAUUUUUGGAGAGCAAAGGUCUAUGCUUCUGGAAACCCAGAGGAGGAAAUAGAUCUCACAUAUGUUAUUAUUGGAGUUACUCUGGGAACAUUUCUAGCAAUCAGUUUUGUAGCAGUAAUAAUCUGCAUGAUCAAAAAACAAAUGCUUGACAAUGCCUUUGGAGAGUCAGAUGGCAAAAUGGAUAGAAGGUCCAACAUGGGAUCGAGCCAGAACAGAGAUGACGUCAAUGUACUAGGAAAACAAAGUACAGAUGAUCAAUAAUCCUUUUGCAAUCAACAGUUACCUGUCUGAGGAUCAAUAGAAGUCUCUUGUGCACAGGCAGGAAUCUCACCAAUACCAAUUAUUUUCUUUGUUCUUUAACUGAGAGACUGAUUGAUUGAUUAUAGGAGGAGCUUAUAAUGCAUGCUAUCUUCAAUCACCUGCACACAAAAAACCUGCAAUCCCCAACAGCAUGCAUAUGAAGGAAAUGUAUGAGGAAAAUAAAAUAGAUGAGCUUGCUUGAUUAAUAGAUUCUGUUUAGUCUGUGAUAAGUAUGUGGUUGAUUUCAAAAAUCAAUUAAAUGUAAGAUAUAUUCAAAAAGGUAGCAAUACAUUUCAGCAGCAGAAUUUAUGGUCACACCCAUAUUUCAAGUUAGGUAAGUAAUAACUGAAGUAGCUUUAAAAAACAUUAAUUUGAGUCUGAAAUAAAGAAAGCUCCUCAAGUAUUUCAGGAAAUACCUGUUUUGUAUUAAUAAUAAGAUAUUUCAUUCACACUAGAGUUGUUUUAUGUUUUGUUUUGUAUUUUUUUUUCUUUAGGAUGGAUGUCUUUUGAUUAACUGUAGAUGCUAAUACUAAUUUCAGCCAUUUUAUAUGAAUUAUGGUCAUUUAAAAUUAAAAGUCCUUUUAGAAAUAAUGUUUUCCAUGUGUUGUUUUUAGAACAUUGAAAUGAAAACAGUUUUGUAUACUCAAAAAAAGUUUCUGGACAUCUGAAACAAAACAUAUCAACAUUCUACAAACAAGUUAGUCUGACAUUUCCAAAAUUCACCCAUCCCUAUUUUUUUAGUAUAAAACAAUCACAGAAUCACAGAAUGGUUGGGGUUGGAAGUGAUCUCUGGAGAUCAUCUAGUCCAACCCACCUGCUAAUGAAGGUACCCCUAGAGAAGAUUGCACAGGAAUGUGCCCAGAUGGGUCUUGAAUGUCUCCAGAGAAGGAGACUCCACAACCUCUCUGGGCAGCCUGUUCCAGUGCUCUGGCACCCUCAGAGUAAAGAAGAUUCUCCUCAUAUUCAGAUGGAACCUCCUGUGCUUCAGUCUGUGCCGGUUGCCCCUUACUCUAUUGCUGGGCACCACUGAAAGGAGUCUGGUCCCAUCCUCUUGACACUCACCAUUGAGAUAUUUAUAAACAUUCAUGAAAUCCCCUCUUAGCUUUUCCUCUCCAGGCGGAACAGACCCAGCUCUCUCAGUCUCUCUUCAUAAGAAAGGUGCUCUAGGCCCCUAAUCAUCUUCAUAGCCUGAAUGCAUUAAGUUCAGUCAGAAUCUGGAAAUAAUUUCAGUCUCCCAGCCCCUUCAUUCUUGUUCUAGCCUGACAUAUUCUCUUGAGUUUGGUUUCAUCAAAAUUGCUCUGCCUGGCUCCAAUUACAAGCUUCUUAUAGUGGGAGUGACAACAAGAAAUAACAGAGCUUUGUCUCAGAACAUUUAGAAAUGUUCAAAUAAUUUUAAAUAGUUUAAAUUGAAGUUAUUCUGUGAACACAUCCCAGCUUUUACCAAAACUGUGAGCCUGUGGCUUUGGUCUCAGUUGAGAAAAAAAUGUCAUAGAUUCUAUUCUGUUUGCUUAAAUCCACUUCUUUCAAGAAUGCUUUUUUAUAACAGAGGUCAUCACAAGGUGCAAGAAAAGCAGGAACAUUUUUGUAUUGGAAGCCAGGCUUUCCUUUCAGCUUGUGAAGACAGGGCAGCAAAUGUCAGCUGUGGGACCUCUGGCAGGACUUGGAUACAGCAAUGCCAGGCUGGGCAUCCUCUGCUGUUCCUACAGCUCGUCUCAGGAAACCCAGCAGAACUCAAAAGCUUGCAAAACUCAGGCAGAUGGCACACACAACGUUAAAUAAUAUCAUGAUAUUUUACAGGCACAGCUAUUUUGUCAUAGCAUCACAAGGAUGACUCCAAGCAGGACGUUAUACUAUUUUAUUGCAACUUACAUAUAACCACUAGCCAGAUCCAAGGACCACAAAGUGUAAAUAGAUUGGAUCUGCCUAAACUUUUAGCUCAGGCCAAUGCCUAUAGGCCAAUGCCUAUAGACAUAUGGAUUGUUUAAUCUCGUUUUUAACAUGGAUUCCUAAAGUUAAUUUUUAAUCCAGUGUCUGCUCUUAGUUAUGCCACAUGGCAGAUCAUAAUCAAUGUAGUUCUUUACAGUUCUUCACUAUUGUAAUAAAGCAGAAGUUAUCAAAAUUGAAAAAAAAGAAAGUUAGACUGGAGUCCAACCUUGAAAUUCUGCGUAUUACCAAGUAAUAUCACUUAAAAAAUAGUGGAAGCCAGGACCGCCCAUCCAAUAAUCAGCUUUCAGACUCUGAAGAGCUACAAUUAACCCCACACAUUAAAGGCAGAGCUGAUGUGCUGAGUGAGGGACUUAGAGUCAAUGCACUGUCAGAACGUAAGAGAAGAUAUAUAUCAGAAUUUUGUUCCUAUGAAGAAUAAGCUACUGUACUACUUGAAACUGAAAUACUUUGAAUAUGUGAAUAUUAUCUUAGCAAAGCAGGUAAUUUUCUAAAUGUGCAAAGGAAACUGGAUGGUAAUUUAUCUGCACAUUUGAACAACAAAAUGUAAGUUUUAUGUUCAGAGAAAAUUGGUAUAUUGGAAUAAUUUCCCUGGAUUCCUAGGUGCCUGUUACCCAGUUCAGUAACACUGCAGUUCAUUAGCAGCAUUUGAUAACAGGUAGACUAAAGCAGUAAUGUGAUUAUUGUAAGUAAUUGUAUGUAUGUACAUGUGUAAGUGAAUAAACGAUCUUGUAAGGUAUCUUAA